UCGGUCACACUGCGCGCCCCACAUCGAAUCGGACGCUGUUUCGCGUUUCGCUGCCAUCCGCUCCACCAAAAGCCAACGAACGGUUCGUGCGCGAGUCUUUUGUACCUUGCCUUUGCCUUUGGCCCCCUUUGACUUCACUGGGACGAGUGCUGUGUGCCGUGCAUACCACAAAGUUUUUCGCAUUGGGCCUCGCUGCGCUCAGGUCCUGCCCGCUGCUUCUUACCUUUUUGGAGUUUGUUUUCGGAAAAAGAACGGUACAGCAGGAAUAACAAAAACAAAAAGCAUCACAGCAAAAGCAUCACAUACAUACACACGCGGGAAUUUUUUUAUUUUCGACCAUGUGUAUAUGUGUGUGUGUAUUGUAGUUGCAUAGUUUUGUUUUUUUGUGCUGGAAUUUUGAGAGGGAGCCAGUGAGAGGAAGAGGGAGAGAGCGCGCGCGCAACGUCGUUUUUCGAAUGAAUUGAAUAAAUCUCGUGUGUUUACCUCUCCAACCAACCUUUCUAUUUUUGUUAUUGUGCAGUUGAGAAUAUCAAGCAAAAGGAGCUGAAAAUAUAACCAGCCAACGAAAUUGCAUUAAGUAAAUUUGAAAACUAAGGAAAGAUCUCCGAAAGAUCUGCGCUGCUGCAGCUGCUGCCCACACUCACACUAGCACACACCAAACACACACACAUCUACACACAAAAUGUUCAUCGAAAAGGGAAUUUUUCCCAUUGGGGACGGACUUUUGGACGUGGACGCCGAUCGAUUGAAGGGAUUACUCGUAUCGCAUGAUAUAAACGAGAUCUACGAGGUGGAGCAGACGCCGUUUGCCAGAGGCAAGUUCGCCGCCGUUCGCCGCGCCAUUCACAAGAACACGGGCUCGCACUUUGCGGCCAAGUUCCUGAAGAGGAGGCGCCGGGCGCAGAGCAGCGACAAGGAGAUCAAGCAUGAGAUCGCGGUGCUGAUGCUCUGUGCGGGCGAGGACAACAUCGUCAACCUCAAUGCCGUCCACGAGACGCGCUCGGACACAGCACUCCUGCUGGAGCUGGCCACUGGUGGCGAGCUGCAGACGAUUCUGGACAAUGAGGAGUGCCUGACGGAGGCGCAGGGCCGCCACUGCAUGCGCGAAGUGCUCAAGGCUCUGAAGUUCCUGCACGACCGUUCCAUCGCCCACCUGGACCUCAAGCCACAGAACAUCCUGCUUGCCGGCGAGCGUGUAGAAGAUGGCCUGAAACUGUGCGACUUUGGGAUCUCACGGGUGGUCUGCGAGGGCAUCAACGUGCGGGAAAUGGCUGGCACCCCCGAUUACGUGGCCCCCGAGGUGCUCCAGUACGAGCCGCUUUCCCUGCUGACGGACAUUUGGUCGGUGGGCGUCCUCACCUACGUGCUGCUCUCCGGAUUCUCGCCCUUUGGUGGCGACACCAAGCAGGAGACCUUCCUCAAUAUCUCGCAGUGCGCUCUCACCUUCCCGGACAACCUCUUCGGCGGCGUCUCGCCGGUGGCCAUCGACUUUAUCCGUCGCGCAUUGCGAAUUAAGCCAAACGAUCGCAUGAGUGCAGCCGGCUGCCUGGAGCACGCCUGGCUAAAAGACGACUGCUCAUUGGACAGACAGAUCUAUCUGCAGCCACAGAGCUAUGCCGAGGAGGAAGAGGAGGAGGAGGAGGAUGACGACGACGACCACGACGACGACAACAAGGUGGAAGACAAAGUCGAAAACGAGCCCGUGAAGGAGGAGCAAGCCGUGCAGGAACCAGACAAGGAGCAACAGCAGCAGCAUCAGCAACAGCAUCCGAACCAGCCAAAGCCCUUGACCAACGGCUGCAGCAGCACCAAACCGACGCACAAUGGCCAUCAUCGAGCCAACAGCAGCGGCAGCAUUUCCAAGAUCCCCAUCGCCACCAGCAAGCUGCAGCUCCUAAGCAGUCCCACGUCCGAGACGACCACCACCACCACGGCCAUCCACACGCUAAGCAGCAACAUCAACAGCCACAGUCACAGUCACGCUCACAAGCCCACACAAAUUGUGACACCGACGCGUCGAGCCUCCGAUUCGGACAAGGAGAACACGUACACGGCCACGUUCAUGAAGAAGCCGCCGGUGGCCAGCAUCCAGCUUAACUCCAGCUCCAACGGCAUCGAGGAGGCCACGGUGGUUGCCACGUUAACGCUCUUUCCCGACGCCCCCACCACGCCCAAGGUGAUUCGCAAGACGCCAUCCAGCGAGUCAAACGGUUCGGCGACGUCCGUAAAGGCAUUGGUCAAGAAGUUCCAGCUGGAGGAGGACUCCUCCAACCGACGAAACGGUGGCAGUGGCUGCAACUCACCAAUCACGACGACGCCGACGUCGACCAGAAUGAACUGUCUACGCAGGGCCUCGGAGCCCCUAACCACGGCGGUGUUCAAGAAGCAGCCAAGCCCAAAUCCGAGUCCUAGCAGCAGUCCAACCAACAGCAGCACAGCCACCCUGCUGAUCCACAGCCAGCGAUUGGCCAGCAGCCCAGCGCCCGCCAGUAACACUGCCGCCCCAACAGCCACCGCAACCGCCUCCAGCUCCAGCACCAGCUCCAACUCCGGCUGCAGCUCAGGGAAAUCUUCCAAUGCGACCGCUGCCCAUCUGCUGCACCAUCAUCACAUGCACCACCACCACCACCAUCACCACCAUCAUGUGGUAAUUGCAGCCAAGAAUGCCGCCGCUGUGGCCGCCACCAACAACCUGAGCCUGGAUCAGGGUAUCAUCUGUUAGCUAAGGGCCAGCCGGGCCAGCCGCAAUGCCAAGAGUUUCUUUCAUCGCUUCCUUUGCUGCAUGUAACCACCAGUCUCGGCCACGCCCACCGCUCACUGGCAGCGGAGGAGUGGCGACUGCAGGAUCACUAGGUGGACAAGUGGCGAAUUGGACAGCGAAAUAAUGGGUGAUGGGAAACAGAAACGAAAGUGCUGGUGCUGCAGCUAUAGCUCGAUGGAGAGGUGGCUAAGGGGAUGGAAAUGGAAGUGGAAGUGGAACGAGGAUGAGGAUGCAUUGAUAUUGAUUUGAGCUUAGUUUAGUUAAUGUUUUAAAUGGCAACUUAUCAACCAGGAACCCCACCCACCACCACAUACACAACACACACACACACACACACGUACACGCAACACACUAGAAGAAAACCCCCGCGAAAAACAAGUUAGCUAAAGUCAAGGGGAAACAAGUGAGAACGAUUAGCGAAAGGAUAAAAGUAGUAAGUACAAGGAGGGUACACGUUAGGAUUCGGAGGAUCGAUAGACAUACCAAAGACCUUAUAACAGCAAUAUGCGUAACGCCCAGACACUUGAAUUGCCAUAUGCAAGUUAAUUUUUAUGCAUAAACAUCCAAAAAUCAAGAAUACUUGAACCUAGAGUCGUGGACUUUUGUAUGGCGUUACUCAUCUUGUUGUUAUACGGUCUCUGGACAUACCCACAUAUCAUCCAUGAGUAGAGUUCAAUUGUUUCAACGAAUAUAUAUAAUAUAUAAAUGUCAAUUUCUUGGCUCAGAAGACAGGCCUUAGCAUAAAUUAUACAAUUUAAUAAUUUAAAAAUAUUAAAUUUAAAGAUUAAUAAAAAUAUAUACACGCAUACAUACAUACGUCGUAGCAUAUACAUAUAUGUACCAAAAACAAAAAGGUCUCGAGAGAGAGAGAGUUGAGUUGAGAAUUUCGCUAUUGUUAAUCGUAUCAGUCAAUCAAUCAAUCAAUCAACCAAUCGAUCGAUCGUAUAAAACAAUUGUUGUUUCGCCUGGAAAUGGUACUUAGAGAAUGUUGUUAUAAAAAAGUCAAAGCUAAAUUUGUUAAUCCGUGUUGUGUCUCAAUGUGUGUGUUCAAAUCGUUCAAAUCGUUGCAUACUGAUGCCUAGGAUACAUUAAAUAACAUAACAUAGAAGAAGCUACAUAUGCGCAUUGAUCCAUAAUGCACCAAUUGCGUUGAUUUCCGUUUCCCCGGAGCCUUAUCCCAAUCCCGAGCCCCCAGUUUUCUUCGUUUUUAAGUCGGUUUUUGUAUAUAUUUCCAGAAUGCAAAGUACAUUGAAUAGUUUGCAGAAAGCAGAAAAGCAGCGCAUGCAUAUAAUUACAUGCAGUCUUUUUUUUUCAUUAAUCGUAUCCUUUAAUAGUGAUGCUUAAUGUAUUGAUUAAUCGAUAUUACCCUUUUCUUUUUUACUUAAUACUUGUGUGUACUUCUCUUAAUUACUAUUAUUAUUAUUAUAAUUUUUUUUUUUUUGUAACACCUAAACCACGUUUUUAUGUUUACUAUAUUAUGUAUUUUAGUAGUUAAAUGUCCCGCUUUUCGCAUACGAGUAUAAUAAUUAAAGAGCUCUGCGCCAGAAGGUCGAAAAGUGUGUUUUAUUUCUUAGCAAUUUCAAUUAAUUUUUUGUGUUUAGAGAGAAUAUUAAGAAGCAUAU